ACGGUGUACUGUAAAAAGUAUCUCUGCUGGAAUGUUUUGUUAUAAGGUAAACAUUGGUGUUAGGAAUGUUUGGAACUAAAGUAUUACAAAGUUUGAUUGCUCCCAGGAGUAUUCACGCUUCUGUUCUUGCAAGGUCGACAAGCGGAGACUCAACAGUUCGUGAUGAUUUCUGUAAUAGAAAUCCUCGUAACUUGGAGAGACUGCGAAUCGCAUACAAGUGUGGAGGUUAUCACCUUGAAAAACCCGGUCGCGACUUCUGGCAUAAACUGCUCCUGAGCCAGACCAAGCGAUGUGUGAAGGCUGAGAUAGUCCACCAGUCGGGCAGCACGGUUGUGUCGGCGUCGACUGCGGAGUGGGCCAUCAAGCAGUUCCUGUACAGCACGGUGGACUCGGCUGCGUACCAGAACCUGGGGCGGGUGCUGGCCGAGCGCUGCCUGGAGACGGGACUCACGGAGGUGCGCUGCGACCUGCACCCGGAGCCCGGCAGCAAGGUGGCAGCGUUCCUGGCGAACGUGGAGGAGGGAGGCGUGACGCUCAGCGAGCCAGCCAGGUUCCUGCCCCACAGGCCCUGGGACGACGGCCGCCCCGACAAGCCCUGGGCCGUCGUGGAGGAGGGCUGAGCGCAUCUGUACUCCUGCCUCGGACAAGCAUUAAAUAACUCUCUGUUC